AUGAUCUUUUCUGAUUUAAAAAUAUCUAUCUAUCUGUCUAUCUGUCUGUCUGUUCAUUAUCUAUCUAUCUAUCUACCUAUCUAUCUAUCUGAGAUUAAUCUUAUCUAUCUUCAAACUGUUCUUAUAAAUGUAUUUAUCUCCGACUUCAUAUCUAUAUAUCUAUCUAUCUAUCUAUCUAUCUAUCUAUCUAUCUCGAACUCUUCUAUCUAUUUAUCAAUCUAUCUUAUACCCAGCAUAUCUGUCUAUAUCAGCUCUUCGGAAUCUACAAGCUGUUCCAAUCUAUUUCAGAUUAGAAAUGCUCAUGAGGCUAAUCUCGGGAAAUUAAAUCAAUCCUCCCUUUUCCUUGUCAAAUCACAAAAUCCCACAAUCUAUCUAUCUAUCUACUAUCUAUAUUUCUCAUGCGUUUACACGAUGGAACGAAAUGCCAAUUUGGCUAUGUACAACAGCUGGUUUGUGACCACGUGUCUCUGCAUUUUCGUCCUCUCACAUCCAAUUGCUUCUAUAAUGCGUUUCAGCACGUCUCCCAGUCUGGGCAUCAUUUCCGAAGGUGACGUCUUCGAUGACACUAAUCAAUGGUGUCAUCUGCGCAAAUUCAUUCACACCAUCAAUUUCCGGCGUUGUCUCCCUCAAAACUUCCGCUCGUAUUCAUUUCUUUUACAUUCAUUCGUCUUCAUAUCAUUUUCAUUCGUUUUUAUUUAUUCGUUUUCAAUCAUUUGUUUCCAUUUGAUUCAUUUCCAUUUCAUCUGUAUUCGCUUUCAUUCAUUCAUUUUCCUUUCCUUUCAUUCAUUCAUUCGUUUUCAUCCAUUUAUUUUUAUAUUGAUUCGUUUUUAUUUCAUUUUCAUUCGCUUUCAUUCAUUUUCAUUCAUCCAUUUUCAUUCAUUCGUUUUCAUUCAUUUGUUUUUAUUUGAUUCGUCUUCAUUUCAUUUACAUUCGCUUUCAUUCAUUCAUUUUUAUUCGCUCCCAUUCAUUCAUUUUCAUUCAUUCGUUUUCAUUCAUUUGUUUUUAUUUGAUUCGUCUUCAUUUCAUUUACAUUCGCUUUCAUUCAUUCAUUUUUAUUCGCUCCCAUUCAUUUAUUUUCAUUCAUUCGUUUUCUUCGUUUUCAUUUGUUUUCCUUCAUUCGUUUUCAUUUCAUUUUCAUUCAUCUUUGUUCCUUUCUUAAAAUUAUUUUAUUCAUUCGUUAUCAUUUCAUUUUUUUCAUUUCAUUUUCAUUCGCUGUCAUUUGUUUACAUUCAUUCGAGUUCAAUUCGUUUUCAUUCGUUCGCUUUCAUUCAUUUAUUUUCAUUCCUUUGUUUUCAUUCAUUUAUUUUCAUUCAAUUUUCGUUCAUUCGUUUUCAUUUCAUUUUCAAUUGCCUCCAUUCAUUCGUUUUCAUUUUCAUUGUCUUUUAUUCAUUUGCUUUCAUUCAUUUGCUUUCAUUUCAUUUUCAUUCGUUUUCAUUCAUUUAUUUUCAUUCCUUUGUUUUCAUUCAAUUAUUUUCAGUCGUUUUCAUUCAUUCGUUUUUAUUUCAUUUUUCUUUCGUUUUCAUUUGCUUUCAUUCAUUUGUUUUCAUUAAUUUAUUUUCAUUCGUUUUUUUUUCAUUUGUUUUCAUUGAUUUGUUUUUAUAUGCUUUCAUUCAUUUGUUUUCCCUUCAUUUUCAUUCGUUUUCAUUCAUUUAUUUUCAUUCCUUUGUUUUCAUUCAUUUAUCUUCGUUCAUUUUCAUUUGCUUCCAUUCCUUCGUUUUCAUUCAUUUAUUUUCCAUCGUUUGUUUUCAUUUGUUAUCAUUCAUUUGUUUUUAUUUGCUCUCUUUCAUUUAUUUUCACUUCAUUUUUAUUCAUUUUCAUUCAUUCAUUUUCAUUUCAAAUUCUAUUCUUAUCAGUUAUAGUGGUGUAUUAAUAUGCUCGGUUCUCUUGCGCAGUUUUUCACCCUCUGGUCAGCGCCUUCCCCAAACUGCGGUUCGAUUCCUGUUUACGUCGUUGUGA